AUGGCGGCAUCGUGUUUUUCUGCAUCAACUUCACCUGAACUUGGGUUUCUCCGUCCAGACACUUGCGUUAACAAACUUCGUUUCUCAAUUUCUAGACGUAAUGCUCUCCGUAAAUUCAAUCGUUCCUCAUCCACAGUUGCUAUUAGAGGUCGAAUUCGAGCGGUUGGGAGGGAUGAAGUCGUUGUAGUUGAGAAGGAAGAUGGGAAGAUCGAUCUGGGUGGUAAUGGGAGUUAUAAAUAUGUUAAUGGGAAGAAUUCGAACGGGAGCGUUGUUGGUGAAAAUGGGAGUCUCAUGAAGUAUGUUAAUGGUAAUGGGAAUGGUAGUGCUAAUGGAGGCGUUGCGAUGAAAAUUGGGGAAAAGGUUGGGGAGAAGAGGGAUGAGAAGAAGAAGACAAUUGAGGAGAUCGGUCAAGAAGAUGCUUGGUUUAGGAAGAAAAAUGGAGCUGGCAAAGUUGAGGUAUCUGUUGCUCCUGGUGGACGAUGGAAUAGAUUCAAAACUUAUUCAACCAUUCAAAGGACUUGUGAAAUAUGGGGUUUUGUUCUGACAUUUGUCUUCAAAGCCUGGUUCAACAAUCAGAAAUUUGCAUAUCGAGGGGGGAUGACUGAGCAGAAGAAAGCUCAAAGGAGAAAAACUCUAGCCAAGUGGUUGAAGGAGAGUAUUUUGAGAUUAGGGCCUACAUUCAUCAAAAUUGGACAACAGUUCUCAACAAGAGUAGACAUUCUUGCCCAAGAAUAUGUUGAUCAGUUAUCAGAACUUCAGGAUCAAGUUCCUCCUUUUCCAUCAGAGACUGCUGUUUCCAUCAUUGAAGAAGAGCUUGGAUCCCCUGUUAAUGAAGUGUUUGAUUACUUUGAUUUUGAACCAAUUGCUGCUGCUAGUCUUGGUCAAGUACAUCGAGCAAGAUUGAAGGGUCAAGAAUUGGUUGUUAAAGUACAAAGACCAGGUCUCAAGGAUCUUUUUGAUAUUGAUCUUAAAAAUCUGAGGGUAAUAGCAGAAAAUCUUCAAAAACUUGAUCCUAAAUCUGAUGGAGCAAAAAGGGAUUGGGUUGCUAUCUAUGAUGAGUGUGCUAAUGUGUUAUACCAGGAGAUUGAUUAUACAAAGGAGGCUGCAAACGCCGAGUUGUUUGCAAGUAAUUUCAAAGAUCUUGAUUAUGUAAAAGUCCCAAGCAUAUAUUGGGAAUACACCACUCCACAGGUGCUUACAAUGGAGUAUGUCCCAGGAAUCAAGAUUAACAGAAUACAAGCUUUAGAUCAAUUAGGUGUUGAUCGACAAAAGCUGAGUAGGUAUGCUGUUGAAUCCUAUUUGGAACAAAUUCUCUCUCAUGGUUUCUUCCAUGCUGACCCUCAUCCUGGUAAUAUAGCUGUUGAUGAUGUGAAUGGUGGAAGGCUAAUAUUUUAUGACUUUGGAAUGAUGGGAAGCAUAAGCCCGAAUAUCAGAGAAGGUUUAUUGGAAGUUUUUUAUGGAGUUUAUGAGAAGGACCCAAAUAAAGUUCUUCAAGCAAUGGUUCAAAUGGGUGUUCUUGUGCCAACUGGCGACAUGACAGCUGUCAGAAGAACAGCGCUUUUCUUCCUUAAUAGUUUUGAAGAACGACUUGUGGCACAAAGAAAAGAGAGAGAAUUGGCUACACAAGAACUUGGAUUUAAGCAACAAUUGAGCAAAGAGGAAAAAAUAGAAAAGAAAAAACAGCGUCUUGCUGCAAUUGGGGAGGAUCUAUUGGCUAUUGCAGCAGAUCAACCUUUUCGAUUUCCUGCCACCUUCACCUUUGUUGUUAGAGCUUUUUCAGUUUUAGACGGCAUUGGGAAGGGUCUUGACCCUCGUUUUGAUAUAACUGAAAUUGCUAAACCAUAUGCUCUGGAAUUACUAAGGUUUCGUGAAGCUGGUGUUGAAGUGGUCAUCAAGGACUUCAAAAACAGAUGGGAGAGACAAUCACAAGCUUUUUACAACUUAUUUAGACAAGCUGACAGAGUUGAAAAACUCGCUCAAGUUAUUGAACGAUUGGAGCAAGGUGAUUUGAAGUUAAGGGUUCGAGCAUUAGAGUCCGAGAGGUCAUUUCAACGUGUUGCUGCUGUUCAAAAAACAAUCAUAAAUGCUGUAGCUGCUGGAAGCCUAGUCAACCUAGCAACAAUUUUAUACAUGAAUUCAAUAAGAGGUCCUGCUACAAUAUCAUAUAUCUUUUGUGCAAUUUUUGGAUUCCAAGUUCUUUUUGGGCUACUGAAGGUUAAAAAACUCGAUCAACGGGAGAAAUUGAUUACUGGAACAGCUUAAAUAAACCGGUUAAAAGAGUAAAUACAUGUUCAUGAUGACCUAACCUUCAAAGAGAAAGGCUGUGGAGUUUUGUAGACAAAUGGUAAGCAUUCCCAUGUGCUUAAAUUUGACCCACCCAUAUCCAUAUCCAUGUGCUUGAACUUGAACCAUAUUUCCAUUUAGGGUUUUGGGGUGUGUGGUGUGUGAUGUUUAAAUGUUAGUAACCCUAAAUACUGUAGAUAUAUUAUAUAUAUCCCCGUAAGAAAUGACAUUGGUAUUAUUAGUACUGUAGUCAAUUUUCUAUGAUCGGGGGAUGAUUUGUUUGGUAUUAUGUUAAAUGUAAUAUGGUGUAAAAGUGUAAUGGUAAUGUAUUUAUGUUAAUAAAGGU